AUGAACGAUAUUCAAAGUAUAAUUGACCGUCAACUAGGAAUAUAUUCUCGAUUCAACUACGAUAAUGUGCUGAAAAGAUUGGCCGUACAUAAUGAGGAGUCCUUCUAUGGGUUGCAAAAUACUACAUUGGCAGCGAACUUCGAGCAGGAUCCACCUAUAUUUGCUUGUCGAUUUUCAGAAGCUCCAGGCUACGAGCAUAUCCUUGCUCUAGCUAAUGAGGAUGGACGUGUUGCAAUUCAGGAUACAUCAAGUGUGAAGAAGGCAAGUGCAGUGGAGGGGUUCCAGUGCCACAACAAUGCAGUGUUUGACCUUGCUUGGAUGCCACAGCAUAUGAACUUUGUUACUGUUUCUGGGGACCACACAGCAAGCCUAUGGGAUGUCACCGAAUCUUCCCCAAAAAGAGUUCUGACCUUCUCAAACCACACGCGAUCCGUUAAAACAGCAGUCUUCAGACCAACAGAGCCCUCAGUGUUUGCUACCGGGGCCAGAGAUGGACAUAUUUUAAUUUGGGACAUUCGCGCAAACAAUCAACCAGCAGUUGUUCUAAAGCCUGACAACUGUCUGAUGAGCUGCCAUUCCUCCUUCACACCGAAAACUCCUGGCUCCAGCAGCAAGCGACCUAGGCUAGACAACCACAGAGCUAUCAGUAUCACUGGACUCGUUUUUCAAGAUGAUUUAACGUUAAUAUCUUGUGGGGAAUGUGACGGCAACAUCAAAGUGUGGGACAUGCGUAAAAACUACAACAUAUACAAGCGUGAACCUCUCCCCAAACAUUCUAUUCCGUAUUGCGGUAGUUCUACCAAAAACGGUUACACAAAUCUAAUCAUAGAUGACGCCAGGGUUCGACUGUACGCCAGUUGCAUGGACAACGUCAUCUACUGCUUCAACAUAUCUACAUACAACUCUUUACCGGAGCAAAGAUAUAUCGGUCACGAAAAUAGCACUUUCUAUAUAAAAACCAGCCUCAGUCCGGACUGCAUGUACCUAGUCAGCGGCAGUAGCGACAAGAACGCGUACAUUUGGAACGUUAAAUAUUCCCAACCGAUCGUGAAGUUGACUGGACAUUGGGCGGAGGUGACGUGCGCCGCGUGGUGCCAGAAGGGGGACACGAAGAUCGUGACCUGCAGCGACGACGCCAGGCACAAGAUCUGGAGGAUCGGUCGGGAGUUCCCCGAGCCAGAUGUGGAGCUGAAGGGCAAGGCGGAGGUGGUCCCGCGCGCCGACGUCACGGGCCUGCCUCAAUGGGGAGGACUCGAUAGAACGCCAAACUCCCUGAAGCGGAAAGUACACACCACACCAAGCUCUUACAGCGCUAAACGAGUCCGAUCUCAAGAAAAUACAGAGAAGAGAACCAAAAGAUGUCUCGCUGACCUCAUGAACGCGUCAAAAGAAGCAGACGAAGCGGAAUCUCUAGUUAAAAGACUCAAAUUAGAGAUGCCUUCCAUUCCAGAAGACGACGAAACAAAACUGCUACCAGCUGGUAUUAAGAGGUCAAGGCAUUCUACAGAACAGACAGCAUCGUGCAAAAAGAAAUGUGUAGAACAAGAACCUACAAACGAUUGGACUUACUACAGUCCGAAGCCCGGUACAUCGUUCAUGACGCCAACUAAAAAUUAUGAGAAGAAAAACUGCAAAAUGCUCUCACCUAAAAGUCCUAAAACCAUAUCACCUACAAACAGAACCCCCACAAAGGUAUCUCCUAGCAAAAUAAGGGUCAUAAAUUUCACCACUGCCACCAUGAAUUUGCCAAAUUUUGUGUUAGACGGGGAAGCCCCCCAUUUAAGACUAAUGUCGCCAGUUAAAAAAAAGCAGGACACAACGAACUGGCUUACCCUCAUGGUACGCGAGAAAAAGGGCAAGGCCACAGAUACGGAUAAAGUAAAUUCGCCAUCGAGUCCGAAAAACAAUGUGCCACCCAGAAGAAAUUCAGUCACGGAGAGAACGCCGAAGUCAAACAAAACAAGAACUUUAUUUAAAUAUUUCAAUGUUGCUACUAAAGAUAAA